GUUUACUUGAGCUAGCUGCGGGAACCUGCGAAUUCAGAACUUGUCUCCGAAGUCCGACUCAGCGUACUGUCUCCUGCCCACAGCAAAUGACCGACAUGACCUCCCCGCAGGCCCCGGAGAAUGGGCAGGGCGGUGGCGAUCCCCCCAGGGACCUCCGCAGCGUCCUGGUCACUAGCGUGCUCAACCUCGAGCAGCUGGACGGAGAUCUCUUCAGAGGAAGGCAUUACUGGGUACCCAUAACCAAGCGGCUGUUUGGGGGCCAGAUCAUAGGCCAGGCCCUGGUGGCUGCAGCCAAGUCUGUGAGUGAGGACGAUCACGUGCACUCCCUGCACUGCUAUUUUGUGCGGGCAGGGGACCCGAAGGUGCCCGUUUUGUACCAUGUCGAGCGGACGCGGACAGGCGCCAGCUUCUCGGUGCGCUCAGUGAGGGCCUUGCAGCAUGGCCGGCCCAUCUUCAUCUGCCAGGCCUCCUUCCAGCUGGUGCAGCCCAGCCCCAUACAGCACCAGUUCUGCAUGCCCGCGGUGCCCCCGCCGGAGGAGCUGCUGGACUACGAGACCCUCAUUGACCAGUACCUAAGGGACCCUAACCUGCAAGAGAAGUACCGCAUUGGCCUGAACCAGAUUGCCGCCCAGGACGUACCCAUUGAGAUCAAGCCGGUAGCCCUGCCCACCCUGAGCCAGCUGCAGAACGCAGAGCCCAAGCGCAUGUUCUGGGUGCGAGCCCGGGGUUACAUUGGGGAGGGCGACUUCAAGAUGCACUGCUGCGUGGCCGCCUACAUCUCGGACUAUGCCUUCCUGGGCACGGCCCUGCUGCCGCACCAGGAGCACUGCAAAGUGCACUUCAUGGCCUCCUUGGACCACUCCAUGUGGUUCCACGCCCCCUUCCGAGCGGACCACUGGAUGCUGUAUGAGUGCGAGAGCCCCUGGGCUGGUAAGUGUGGGGCCACGUGGGCCAAGGGCACUGGCCUUGGGUUGGCAGGGAGCGUGCUUCCCUAUGGGGCACCACACAGGUCACUUGCUCUCCUGUCCCCCUGGGCGUUGGCAUCCUUGUCUUUGAAAUGACGGGGUGAGGCUGGAGGACAGGGUACCUGCUCCGCUCUUAGUUUCUGUGACACGCUGGGACUGUGAUUCACUGUAUCUCAGAGACCCAGUUCAAGUCCCAGAACCACUUCAGAUUCUCCGUGUGACCUUGGGCAAGUCCCGUCGCCUCUCUGAGCCUCAGUUUCCCAACCUAAAGAGAGUUGUACUAGAGUAGCAGUAUCCAAACCUGGUGGCCCAUCACACCACCACUUGGGGGAGCUUUGUCAAAACAGAUGCUCAGAUUCUAAGAUUCUGACUCAGCAGGUCUUGGAAGAGGUCCAGGACACUGUAUUUUUAAGAAGCUCCCUAAGUGCUUCUGCCAGUUAACCUGGUUGGGGCCGGGGGCCCUUAACAGUUUCCAAGGGCCUGGCUACUUGGAAGCUCCUCGUCAGACACGGAGAAACCCAGACUCGUUCAUCAGUGUCUGGUGGCAGAGCCCGGGUUCCUCUCCAAGGAAGUGCUUGCAAAUGAAGAAAAGCCUCACUUUGUACAACAGGGACAAAACUUUAGGGACUCUUUAUCCUCAGGGAAGGGGGACUCUCGAGGACCAAGGGCAUCACAAUACAGGAUCAGCAACCUUGAAGUUGGGAGACUUGGGCUGGGGUUUCGCCUGACUCCUAAAGCCGAGUCCCUGAGCCUCUCUAAACUCCAGGCUCUUCUGGAACAGGGGACGCGCAGGCCGGCCUUACGCAGCUGCUGUGGGGACCCAGCGAGCUGCACUGUGUGCAAGGGGAGCUGGCAGCUCCCGUCAUAGACACCAAGCGAGACCAAGGCUGGCAAAGGAGAAUCGGUGGGUGGGGAGGGAGGGUGGCUGGACCUCAUGUCCUCUCCCCUGAGCCCCUUUGUACCCCUGGAGGUGGGGCGGGGGUGGGGCUGUUUUUCCUAUAAUACCAGCCUGGAGGGACUGGUCUGAUUUACUGUAAAGGGAACUGAUGGGUUUCCUAACUCAAGCUUGGAUCUGCUUACCCAGGUACUGUCUGAGACUGUUCUAGAAGCCCUUGCUCUAUGAUCUUUUUUUUUUUAAGGUUUUACUUAUUUAUUUUUAGAGAGAGGGGAAGGGAAGGAGAAAGAGAGGGAGAGAAACAUCCAUGUGUGGUUGUCUCUUGCACACCCCCUACUGGGGACUUGGCCCCCAACCCAGGCAUGUGCCCUGACUGGGAAUUGAACUGGCGACCCUUUGGUUCGCAGACUGGCACUCAAUCCACUGAGCCACACCAUCCAGGGCUCUGAUCUUUUUGAGGAAUCCAGAGGAGAUGUGAAAGUGCUUUUAAAUUGUCGAGUUGGGUUCCCGUGGGAGGAGUUACUCCCAAUGAGUGACCACCCAGGCUCAUAAAAGGGCACUUGGAGUUUGGGAGUGACCAUACACUCAGUGUGCCCUUGUAUGGGGCAGCCCAACGUGGACUGUGCUCUUUUCCAGAAGCCUGUUGGGCUGUGCUGAAGGAGAGAGGAGGCUGUUCUUACCCUUCUCGUCCACAGGUGGCUCCCGGGGGCUGGUCCGCGGGCAGCUGUGGCGCCGGGACGGGGUCCUGGCCGUGUCCUGUGCCCAGGAGGGCGUGAUCCGAGUGAAGCCCCAGGUCUCAGGGAGCAAGCUGUAGCCAGAGGUUCCAGCUGGGCCUGGGGCUUCAAGGACCUCCCUUCUCUUCCCGCCUCCACCACUCCUGAUGCAGGAGUCACAGCUGAGGGCUGGGCCUUCUAUCCUUCACAGCCAAUAAACAGACUGGUAACACAGGA